AUGGGUUAUCAGGUUGUGAUAAGAGUGUCAAACAAGUUUGAAAAUGCAGAAACUAUUCAAGUAACUGGAAGCUUUGAUGAUUGGAGGCAAUCUUUACCCCCAUUGACUUUAGUUGGAUCAAACUAUGAGACGAUAUUAACUGUUGCUGAGAAAAAGGAUAUUGAAUUCAAGUUUGUUAUAAACGGUCAAGAUUGGGUAACCUCCGAGGAGUAUGAAACUGUUACUGACGAGCAUGGAAAUGCAAAUAAUAUCAUACACGCAGAUCAAUUGGAAUUGGUUGGGUUUGAUCACGAUAAGAAAAAGCCCACUCCUGAAGACAAGGAGGAGAGUGCUCUUGAAAAACAGGAGGAGAGUGCUGCCGAAAACCAAGAGGAGAGUGCCGCUGCUGUGGUGCCAAAAAGGGAAGAGAAUAGAGAGGUGGCAAAGAAUGAGGUGGCAGGAAAGGAUAAAGAGGAAGCUAAGAAUGAGGAGGUAGUAAAGGACACAGAGACAGUAAAGGACACAGAGGCAGUAAAGGACACAGAGGCAGUAAAGGACACAGAGGCAGUAAAGGACACAGAGGCAGUAAAGGACACAGAGGCAGUAAAGGACACAGAGGCAGUAAAGGACACAGAGAUUGUAAUUGAAAAGAAAAAAGAUAAUGUUCCUUCAGAAACCUCACCAGAAAAUAAAAAUGCUGCGCCUGAAUUAAAACCAGAGCAAAACACAAAAGAUAGCACUGUUGAAAAAGAGGAAAAUGCUCCAGCUGUAAAAGAACCAGUUUUGGAGGUGGUGGCACCUGAGAGUUCUGGCUCUGCUAUCGAAGAGGCAAAGGCUCCAGCUGUAGAGGCAAGUGCAAAAUCUGAUGGUCCAAAAGAAGCAUUUGCUAGUGAUUUCAAGCAAACUGACCCUACCUUUAUACAAGAGUCAAGUCAAAGUUCAAAAAAUAUUUCAACUCCAGUUUCCUCCUUUGGCGCUAUUCCAAGCCAGACAUUAUCUUCAGACUAUGAACAUGUCGACAUUAAGUCCAGCACCGACGGAAACAAGUCUUCAACAGCAAAAAACAUUGAAUGUGAAGGCAAACCGACAUUGGAUCCAAAAGCAGUAGCUGCUGCAAAGUCAAAGAAACCAAAUUUGAAAUCAAAAACAUCUGAAGCAACUCUUAAAUCUAAAGCUGCAUCUGCAACUGCUCCAUCAAUAGCAAAAAAUGCCACUACUCAUAGUUCAGAUUCAUCUUCAACUGCGCCAAACACUCCAAACUCAUCUACUCGUAAAGUUAGGUCACACCAGCAUCCAUCUCACAAAAUGCCUGGUGCAUUCCACCUUUCCAAGUCUCCGGGAAAGCACACCAAGUCUCCAGCAAAACGUGAUAGUAAUAAUAAAAAUGAGAGUUUUUUCGUAAAAUUGAAGAAUUUGUUUAGAUAG